AUGCGAAAACCAACUUGCUCUCCCGCCUUCACUCCAAUUUCUGUAUUCUGCGAGGAGGUACGUCCUAACUGCAACCUUCACUUCUCCGAUUAUCGACUCCAUUGAAGUCUUUGACAGGUACAUAAUCAAUGGAAGAUGAAAAGACGGAAUCCACGAGGAAGCGUACCAAACUAGUUGAAGAAAAGGUAACACUGACAGAAGGAGCAAUAGUGGAGGUAGCAGAAGAAGAUGCUGAAGCAAAUCCACCUGUAUCUGAACAGAUGGAGGUUUACAUGAAUCAAAUUCUUGAAAAGAUUGAUAACUUUACUCAGCAGGUGUCUGAACUGCUUGAAUCUGGGAAAACAUACUUCAGAGAACUGAGUACUGAAUUUGAAGAACGGGUGAUAGCGAUACACAAGGAACAGAUGGAGAAGUGGCAGGAUGAGAUCAAGGAACUUCGCUUCCUUGAUGCUUCAAAUGAGGAGAUCAAUGCCAUGCUGCACAACGCUCAGCUUGUACUUCACAAUGUCCAUAAUGAUCCAUGAAGGUAGAAAUUAUUUCACUUGUUUGAAAUCAUAUGCUUCAAGACUUCCUUUUGCAAUGCUAUACUAUAAGAAUUUACUUACAAAAACUGAUGGUUAACAAAAGAUGGGUUGAUACAACUUCAUGUUCAAAUACAUUACAAUGUUUCUAGUCGUGUUUAA